GACAAUUUGGUUUGUAUGAAGAGGACUGGCUCAGACGAGCUUGUCACCACGGCUAGGUACACGCCUGUGCGAUCCGGGGGCUGUCCUUCAGGCUUUGUAGAAUCUCCGAUAAAUAACAAAUGUUACAAGAUAGUUCAGGACUCGAGAUUAAACUUUAGACAGGCAAAGUAUUCGUGUAGCGUUCUAGGAAAAGACUUUUCUCUUGUUUCAAUUCAUUCAGCGAUGGAAAAUGCUUUCAUAGAGCUUCAGUUUGAUACUACGAAAUCAAAGAAUUUGUGGAUUGGACUCUUUGAUAAUAAUUAUUAUUAUGAUAAACGUUAUUUCAUUUGGAUGGACAAUUCCCGCGUAGACUUCACAAACUGGGCUAGAGGGGAACCAAACUCACUUACCGAAGGUUGUGCGGAGAUGAGAGUCAAGGAUGGAAGUUGGAAUUCUAUAUCUUGUUUUUUAAAUAGGAGUUACAUUUGUCAGACAAACAAAGCCUUGAGAUAUCCGACUCAAGCUGCAGUAGUCUCCAGCUGUCCCAGUGGUUACACCAGCAGUGCUGGCAGCUGUUUCCGGGUCAUUGAUUCUGCUAUGGACUUUAAUGCGGCGCAAGCAACCUGCCAGGUGGAUGGCGCAAGCCUGGCUUCAAUAAACUCAGCAUAUGAGCAAAUGUCCAUUGAAAUAAUUAGCAAAAACAUUCCUGGAGCUUUAUGGAUUGGAUUGAGGCAUCAGGGUGAUGUUCAUUUUUGGCUGGACGGCUGGCCAUACAGAUACUCCAAGUGGGCAGCACAUGAACCAACUUCAAAGCCAGGCGAGAAUUGUACAGUGUUAAUUAAUACGGAGUGGAAGGACACACAGUGUGACCUUAAGUAUCCCUCUAUUUGUGAAUACACAACAGUGGACCCCCCUACCACCCCGCGUCCGGGCAAAUGUCCACCUGAUAGCUCCAAAUUUCAGAGACAUUGUUACUUUGUGGAACCUAAUGGAAAUAAAACAAGACCCGAAGCCAAGGCCGCGUGUAUUGCUCGAAACAUGACUCUAGUGACGUUUAGAAAUCUACAGGAGGUGGAACAUGUUCGUCAGCUUUCGAAAUUUAAAGGUGGCAAUAACAAAACCCGCUUGUGGAUAGGAUUAUAUAAGAGCAAACCCGGAGCAGGGGACGAUCUUGACGAUUAUGGGGAAUACGAUUUCACAAUGCUAACUAUUCUUUUUACAGCGUUUUGGUGGGACGAUGACCAUGAGAAUUUCUUUGACAACUGGAACAAUGGGGAACCAUCUGGUGCACAUGGAUCUAAAUCUGAAUUAUGUGUAGAGAUGUUAGAUACAGGAAAGUUCAACGAUAUCAACUGUGAUAAUUAUUACAGGGGGUAUGCUUGUUAUGGUCCUGAAGAGUUUGAAACAACUGUAUCCAUGGCAAAAUUCUCUACUGCCUCGACAUCUCCACUAUAUACAACUCAAUCACAACGCAGUUUGUCGGGUAAAUCGUCUUAUGACGUCACAAAGUUGACACCAGAGCCAUCUACUUCCAAUUUCUCUUCUAACACAGCCAUCACGUCUACAGAUCAGCCAGUACAAUCACCAAGUAAACAUAGUAAAACAGCCUACCUAUCAGACAGAAAAAAAAAUUAGGUAAGAAUCACACAAUUAUAGAUGUUCUAUUUAUCUCAUACAACUUUCGUUUUAACAUAACUUUGAGACUUCCCCUGUGAAACUAUAUCAAUGAUUUCUAAUUCAA